GAUACGUUGAGAUGUUGGAGCAGCAACAGGCUUGGCUGGUGUAUGGUCUUCAGGAACUAUAUCGACGCUCUAGCGAGGGUGAAGGGUGGCCGGGAGAGCCGUUAAAAUGCGAAGCAAACGGCCACCCUCUGACGCAUGAUCUGCUCACACGGCUUGGGGCUCUCGAUCAAAGUAAAGGCGAACGCUUCGAGGAGAACACCGAGGUCAUGCAGCAGGAAUUGUGGAAGCAGAAUGCCGGCCACAUGCAACGACAGGAUUCAUCUGAUGGCAGUUCCGAGAGUGCGCAAUCGCCCAUCACAACCUCGCGCUUUGCAGACGCCUUCUCACGACAUCAACUUCCUCCCACGCCUCCCAAUCUUAGCCCAGCAGCGCGCACCCAGGCACCGACGAUCAAGGCUGAACCCCAGAUGGCUCCCCACAAUCCCGCAUACAUUGCCCCCAUGUCGAUGCAGGGGGUAGUGAACCCCAUCGCCUUACAAGGUCCACCGCAAUGGCCUAACAGCAGCUUCGGAACCUUUGACGAAAUGGACAUGAUGGGGCCGUCCGACUUUACCAGUCUCUCCUUCGAUGAUCAGUUAUCAUCACCGAUGUUCAACCGGCAGAUUCCAAUCAACUGCGUAACAUCGGCCUCGUUCAUGGACACGAAGAGCGACUACGAGGAUUUCAAUCAAUUUCUGAAUCCGAACCCGACAGAGAUAACGUCCAUCUAGUGCGCCCACUCCGCAUAUUGUACAGUGUCUUUUUUUCUUCAUCUCAUUUCCAGUCUACGUCAUGUUUCAUGUCUACUGUGGGAGGUUGUUUUUUUCAGGGCUCACUAUUUAGUAGCUCAAUGGAGCUUGGCGUUGGGAUAAAACAACCGGAGGUCUUGGAUAAUGGGACCGUUAAUGGGGGCGUUUGAAGAUCUUCCUUUCUCAUUUUUUUUUUCCUUUCCUUCCACAU